AUGGCUACCAUUGCCGAAGCUUCCCCAUUCAUCGCUUGCGGUCCAGACUACGCCCAUGCAGGGCCUCUCUCGCUACCAUUCCCUCCUGCAGAUCUGGAGGGCACCUUGACAAGCCUGUGCCAUGGCUCGUCAGGCCCAGAACACUCGGAUGUGUUCUUACCUAGUCUACCCUGGCAGUCGUCGGAGUGGGAUAUAUCAGAAAAUUUCCCCAGAUACCCGGAAGGAAACUUACAGAACCCCCCAAUGGAGAGUGUUAUUUCUGGAAAUGAAGGCUCUUUAAACACCUCGUUAUGGGACUACCCAAACCAUCAACCAACACUGGGCCGUGAAUAUAGCCCAUCAAUAGUAUCAAGCUCAACAUCCGACCCCCUCAUGUCUACUUCAUCCGCAGCAUCAUCAGCAUCAUCAGCAUCAUUAGCAUCAUCAGCAUCAUCAGCAUCCUCUGCGCCGUCAUUAUCACCACCAGCACUGCAGCUACCAAAAGCGCCUGUCGCUGCCAAAAAGCAGACACGCACACGGAAAAACUCGUCCGCAGAGGGAGGGGUCGCCAAGAGGCCCCGGCGGCCCAAGACAGACGAAGAACAAGAAGCCAGCCGAAUGCGCAUCCGCGAGAAGAACCGCAUCGCGGCGGACAAGUGCCGCGGCAGACAGCGCAUCGCCAUGGAGAGGCUCAACUUGAAGCACGACAGUUUGGAGUAUGAAAACCAGCAGCUUUCAAAAAUGCUGAAGGAUUUGGUGGCAGAGCGCAUUGUGCUGAAGAACAUGCUGCUGGAGCAUGGAAACUGCGGGUGCGAGUUGAUUGAGAAUUAUUUGCGCGAGUCUGCGGUGCGCUGGGUGAAGCAGGUCGAAUCGCAGGCGGUUAAUGUAGAAGCGGCCUGA